AUGUUGCCGUCAAUGCAACCAAGGCUGCUCGCACCUCUCGCCCGACCCUGUCGUUUUGUUGCGCAUCGGCGGUAUCCCACCAGCGUCGUUCUAACGCGUCGUUUCCACGCUUCUCGAAAGUGGCUGUCAGCCGCGCCGCACGAUCCAGCGGACACUGUUGACUCGGCAGCGGAUGCUGUGGCCAAGAGCAGUGGCUUCUCCGCCGAAGACCUUCCGAAGGAUGGAGCUGCCACGUCGGCUUCGAAGCCUCCCGGAAAGAAGGAAGCCGGUCGUCCCUAUGGAUCAGCAGUGCGUCGGGCGAUGAGAAAUCGAAGAACAACAAAUGAAUCAGCUCCCGCUGCUCCUCUGGUCCCAGACUGGUUUCGAGAACGCAAUACCCUGCUCAAUGACGGCGCACCGCAGAUCCCGAUACAACAAUCGAUGCAUCAAGUGCGCGUGGAGAACUCGGUAUCAGAGUCGGACAACGUGGCGAAGGAGGAGUCCGCAAGUGGAGGGGAUGGAGCUGACAACGCCGGUGACGGAAAGCCCGUGGAUUCGACGAAUCGAUACGUCGUGGCAGAAGCAGUCUGGGAAGAGCUGGUUGCAUCGGUCAAGGCUGGGUUGGCCUUGCCUUCCCCCAAAUAUUCCCAAGAACCGCCUGCCCUUAAAUCUCAUCUUAUUCUUCAGUACCCCGAUAACGACGGCAUUGUGUUCCUGGACGCCGUGGUCAAGCGGCUGGGCCACGAACUCGGUGCCAGUGUUGUGACCCUCGAUGCGCAAGAUAUUGCCGAGCUGUGCUCUGAACAGGAUCUAGCGGACCGGGGCACCACGUCCCCAAUCAGAUACCUGGGAUAUGAAGUUUAUCGCCCUUUCUCCACAACUACCUGGAACGAGAAUGACGAACUGUCUAUAGAAGGAGAGGGUGACGAAGCUGAUGAAGAUGACGGACCCAGAAUAUCCAGAGACAUUCGGCCAGAUAUUAGCCCGAAGUUUAUCACCAUUGAGACUUCCCGCGAAGCCGGGGAUAUAGCCCUCCCCGUUUUAUUUGGCUUAAAGUCCCUAGCAGCGUCGUUGAAUGGCACAUCCGACCAGGCGGUGGCGGGUCUCUCCGCACGCAGUACAGGCAAAGCGGAAGAUAGGUGGCAUCGACUUGUCAAUGAAAUUAUCCCUUCUGCAAACAAAUCACCCGAACCGACUUCGGAAGAGGAAUCGAAUCUUGAGGCCGGUGAUGGUGCUCAACGACGGAGUGUUCAACCAGGACGUGAUGUGAUCAUUCAGAUACAAGACUACGCGAGCAUUCAAAAUACACGUGAAGGCUCGAGGUUCCUCUCUCUCCUCCGAAAAGUCAUUGAAACCCAUCGGAGACAACGAUCCCGGGUUCUGCUGAUCGGGACUGUCGGGCAGGAUAUCAACGUCUCUUUAUCCCAGGAUGCUGCCAAACGUGUGCCACUCGGCUUUGAUGACCAAUUCUCAAAGACGAUCGUGCUGACUCCGUCUAUGGAGAAUAAGCUUGUUGACAAGACGCUGUUGGAAGAUCGCAGGAAACGGACCAUGGCGAUCAAUAUUCGCCAUCUACAAGAGCUGCUCCGGACAACGAUGACCGACCAAUCUGCAACCAUUGAAGACGGUCUCCUUGACAAUCGCCACUGGGCCUUGGAUGAUGUAACAAUCGAGGCAUCCGGCUUGAGCGAACGAUACUGGACAUACAGCCAGGUCCACCGGAUCGCGACGCUGGCGCUCGGAUGCUGUAAACCGGGAGAGCCACUUUCCUUGGAACAUAUUAGCCAAGGGGUCAGGCUCAUGGAGAAGACAGACAAGAUCAGAAACGAUUGGCUGAAGGAAAAGUGGUCCAAAGCGAGUCCUUCAGUGGACGUGGAUGACCGAGAGCAGCUCCUUAAAUCGCUACGCAAAACAUGCAACACCCACGAGAAGAAGCUCCUCAAUGGUGUUGUCGACGCAAAAAGCAUCCGCACGACUUUUGCCGAUGUGCAUGUCCCCCCCGAAACAAUCGACGCCCUGAAGACCCUGACCUCUCUGUCCCUGAUCCGGCCAGAGGCAUUUACCUACGGUGUCCUGGCUACAGACAAGAUCCCUGGGUUGCUCCUGUACGGGCCUCCGGGAACUGGCAAGACGCUUCUGGCCAAGGCUGUGGCCCGCGAGAGCGGCGCGACGGUGCUCGAAGUGAGCGGGUCGGAGAUCUACGACAUGUAUGUUGGCGAGGGCGAGAAGAACGUCAAGGCCAUCUUCACGCUCGCCAAGAAGCUCAGUCCGUGUGUUGUCUUCAUCGACGAGGCAGAUGCCAUCUUCUGCUCACGCACGGGGGCCAGCAACCGUACAUCGCACCGAGAACUCAUCAAUCAGUUCCUCCGCGAGUGGGACGGGAUGAGCGACCUCUCUGCGUUCAUCAUGGUCGCCACCAACCGGCCGUUCGAUCUCGACGACGCCGUUCUGCGGCGUCUUCCGCGCCGCCUCCUAGUCGAUCUGCCGACGGAGCAGGACCGGCUCGCGAUUCUCCAGAUCCAUCUCAAGGAGGAGACCAUCGACGCCUCGGUCGAUCUGGCGGAGCUUUCGCGGCGUACCCCUUUGUACUCGGGCUCGGACCUCAAGAACCUAUGCGUUGCGGCCGCGCUGGCCUGCGUGCGUGACGAGAACAACCUGGCCGCCCAGCACCAGGGACCGGAAGCAUACACCUACCCGGAGCGACGCACCUUGUCAUGGACACACUUUGAGCGCGGCAUGGAAGAGAUCAGCGCGUCUAUCAGUGAGGAUAUGUCCUCGCUCGCAGCCAUCCGUAAAUUCGAUGAGCAGUAUGGCGAUCGCAAGGGCCGCCGCAAAAAGGGAUCGGCGUGGGGAUUCACGCCCUCGAGCCUGGAUGAAUCGGGGCCCGACUCAGCACGCGUACGGACCUGA